GCUGUCGAUGAUCUCCAGCAUGCUGGGCCGGAAGCAGCCGCCGCCGCCGUCACCGCAGCAGCAGCAGCAAGCGGCGGUGCAGAAGACAAACGGCCGGACCGGCAGCGAGGCCGUGGAGCCGAUGAGCAUCGACAUCCUGGAGCCGUUCAUGGACGCAAUCACGCUGUCGGCGUUCACGGGGCCGGCGCUGGGCCAUCCGACGCCGUUCUCGACGGCGAGCAUGGACUGGAAGGAGACCCCGACGGCGCACGUGUUCAUGGCGGACGUGCCGGGCCUGCGGAAGGAGGAGGUGAAGGUGGAGGUAGAGCAGGAGCGGGUGCUCCGCAUCAGCGGGCAGCGCGCCCGCGCUGCCGAGGAGAAGGGCGACCGGUGGCGCCGCGUGGAGCGGAGCGCCGAGCGGUUCGUGCGCACCGUGCGGCUGCCGCCCGACGCCGACACCGACGGCGCCGGGGUGCAUGCCUCGAUCGACAACGGCGUGCUCACCGUCACCAUCCCCAAGGACGACGCCAGGAAGGCCUACGGCAGGAUCAUCCCCAUCACCAACUGAUCGAUCGACCAUGCACCUGUCGACUUAAUAAAUUAGUAUACGUACUAAUUGAGUAUCACUACUACUGCUGAUGCUUGAUUACUUGCCGCACUGAAGAGAACCGCAAGAUGUUGGGGAUAGGGCCAAGCAGCGGACGUGACAAUCUAUCUAUCUACUAAGGCUCAAAUCCCUGAUUUGUGAUUCAGAGACAAUGCUACGCUCUCUUGAGUUAGUUUGUGCCAGUGAUAUAUGUAUGUCUUGUAAUCGAUGAAUGACUUUACCCCGUGCUA